AUGCAGCUGCAUGAUUUGUUUCUUUGUCUUGAUAUAAAGGAGCAGCUGCUUAUUAUUUUUGCCGGCCUCCUUAUGGUAUAUUUUCAUUUUCGUAAGGAUAAGGAUCCACCGGGCUUUCCUCCAGGCCCUCCAGCUCUACCUAUUUUAGGAAACAUCUUCAACAUUGAUGCCAAACAGCCUCAUAUUUACCUAACCAAGCUUGCUGAUUUUUAUGGGAAUGUGUUCUGCAUACGUCUGGGAAGACACAAAACAGUGUUUGUGUCCGGGUGGAAGAUGGUGAAGGAAGCUUUAGUAACACAAGCGGACAACUUUGUGGACCGGCCUUACAGCCCGAUGGUGACCAGAAUUUAUUCAGGGAACUCAGCGGGUCUUUUCUUCAGUAAUGGGAAGGUGUGGAGGAGACAGCGACGUUUUGCCAUGACUACUUUACGCACCUUUGGUUUAGCUAAGGAGUCGACAGAGCAGAGUAUUUGUGAUGAAAGUCAACAUCUGAAGGACGCGAUGGAAAAGGAGAAAGGUGAGCCAUUCGACCCAGUGCCGUUCUUAAACAAUGCUGUCUCCAACAUCAUCUGCAAGAUAGUGUUUGGGAGACGAUUUGACUACAGUGACCACAACUUCCAGAUCAUGCUGAGCAAUCUGACUGAGAUGGCCUAUCUGGAAGGUUCCAUAUGGGCUCUACUAUAUGAUGCAUUCCCAGGACUGAUGAAACACCUGCCGGGACCUCACAAUUGCAUCUUUAGCAGCUCCAAAUCUUUGGUGGCAUCUAUCAGGGAAGAGAUCGAGAAACAUAAGUUAGAUCUGGACCCCAACAACCCGAGAGAUUACAUUGACAGCUUCCUCAUAAAGGAGAAACACAACAGAAACAGUCAUUUGGGCUUUGAGGAAGAAAACCUGGUUCUGUGCUGUCUGGACUUGUUCCUGGCUGGCAGUGAAACCACUUCAAAGACUUUGCAGUGGGGACUCAUCUAUCUCAUCAUGAACCCUCAGAUCCAGUGUAAAGUCCAGGAAGAGAUAGACAGAGUGAUCGGACAGACCCGUCAGCCCACCAUGGCAGACAAACCCAACCUGCCUUACACUGAUGCUGUCAUCCACGAGAUCCAGAGGAUGGGAAACAUCGUUCCACUCAAUGGACUCAGGAUGGCCGCCAAGGACACAAUCCUGGGUGGUUACUUCAUACCCAAGGGGACCUCUGUGAUGCCUAACCUGACUUCAGUGCUGUUUGAUAAGAAUAAAUGGGAGACUCCAGACACCUUUAAUCCUGAACAUUUCCUAGAUAGCGAGGGCAAGUUUGUGAGGAGGGGAGCAUUUUUACCUUUCUCUGCAGGAAGGCGUGCGUGUCUCGGUGAGGGGCUGGCAAGGAUGGAACUCUUCCUGUUUUUUGUCAGUUUGUUUCAGAAGUUUAAUUUUUCCACUCUGGAUGGAGUCAAGCUGAGUACAGAAGGAGUCACCGGAGCCACUCGCACACCCUACCCUUUUAAGGUGUACGCUAAGCCGCGCUGAACCAUCCCCAACAAAUCAACAGAAAAAGCAAAUAUGAAUAUUGUUGUGUUGCUGUGAGAUGGAGACUAUGCCUUUUUCUAUAUUAUUAUUAUUAUUUAUCGUAUACUGAGUUUUGACUACAGACUGUACAUAAAAGAUAGACCUCACACUGGUUAACAAAGUGCAUUGUAAAGCCUUAAGCUGGCAUCUUCACUAUUUUUGUGACUCGAAUGUGAUGUAAUAAGCAAGAGGCAGCGCUAACUUUGAAACUGAAACUUUUCUUUAAAGGAGAAUAUGUCCAGUAGGGGGUAGCUCAAAUCUGCUGCAACAUUUUCUGAUUGUUGCCAUGGCUGUUUAGAAGUGCUUCCAUGAUGUGCUGAGCAGACGUCUAGUGCUAUUAAGCAUUGGAAUACUCCCUAAUGUGUGCACACGCACACACACACACACACACAGCUACAUGCACGUGCCCAGUUGAACCACAGUAUUAUUUUGUAAGGCUAUAUAAGAUGGCACGUGUGCAGACAUUAGUCAACUAUGCUGCUUGUUGCUAUACCUUUUAUGUUUUCCACAAAAGUGCCAAUAACUGUUUCCAAAUGUUUUUUAGUCAGUGCUGGAUGUGUGGAAGCUACGAACAAACUGAUAUACUAGACUACAACUGCUGUUUUUUUUUAUUACAGUUGUUUUGCUGUGGUGACUAAUUCUAUUUACAUAAUUAAAGGUCAGGAUGAAUUUGAUAUGCAGAUUAGCUUUAAAUGAGACACACAGUUGUGUGUUACGUGACCCUUAAGUGUGAGUUUUAAAUUGCAUUCGGUUGUUUAAUUUGCUUGUGAAAAUUAUCAAUCAUUGUUGAUAUUUAUAUUGUUAUUGCACCAACAUUUCCUUUAAGGUAAACAGGUUCAAAGUCAUCAAAAUAUUUAUCUUCCUAAAUUUAAAUAAUGCAACUUCUGCAUCACCAAUUGGAUUUUUAUUUUGUUUUUACAGUUUAUUCAAAAUAUCCGAGGCCUACAUUUCAGAGACAUGUACAGUUAUUACCCCAAAACCGAGGAGGUCGUUUCAACAAUCAGUUGAAACUUAUUAUUCACAAUUAAAAUGCUCCGGUACUUAUCCAACUAGUUCAAAAACUACAAACAUUCAAGUUUUAAAAUGUAUAAUAUAGUACAUAAAAAACUAAAGUAAAAAUAGAGCAACAAACUAAAAGCAUUUCUAUUCACAGAGUUCUUAACUGAUCUGAAUAGGAAAAUUAGCAACCAAAGCGGAAAAUUAUAAGUGUGAUGCAAAGUCGUCUCUUGAUUGCAGACAUUGACCAUGAUGUGCCCUCACACAUUAUGUAAUAUCAACACCCAACUCAAAAAUAGAGACUAACUCUAAAGUGCCAUCCAAACACCCUGGACUUCAUUAAUAGGUUAAUAGGUUUUUAGCGUUAUUUUGUUAUCGUUUUUAUCGUUAACUCGGUUUUUCUGGGUCUUUUCACGUGUGUUAUGA